GUAUUCUUCCCUUUAUUACAAGUGUUUUUAGAAGGAGAAAGAACUGCAACACAAGUACACAACCCACCAAAAGUUGCCUUACAUUCCACGUUUUCUCUACAAAACACAAGUGUUUAGGGAUCUUUCUGUGCCUCUUUUAACAUCUCUUGUGAGCUUUCAAAGUCAUUUAACUCUCUUUUUUUUUUAUCUUCCUUUUAAAGUUCCAUGGCUGCCCCUACUUUUGAUCUCUCUCUCCCCUUAACUUUUUCUUCCUAACUUCCUAUAGCUUUAUAUUAAUCUGUUAACUUUCCAUUGGAAAUCAUUUUAAGGUGGUUUUUGUUUUUCUCUGCGAGGUUCCUUGAACACCCAGAGUUGUUUUGUUCAGUCUCCAUAUCUAGUACUAUUUAGAGAGGAUCUCAAAAGGCUCAAUUGGGUAUGUGAAAAAUUUAGUCUUGAUUGCUUCAAGAUUAAGACUUUUUUACUGUGAAGACAGAAGGGUUUUCUGGGUUUUCAAGGAAUUAAUGGAAAACAUUUUGGGAGAUCAUGAAGAUCAGAUGGAUUUACCACCUGGUUUUAGAUUCCAUCCAACCGAUGAGGAGCUUAUCUCUCACUAUUUGCACAAGAAGGUCCUUGACACCACCUUCUCUGCUAGAGCUAUUGGAGAUGUGGACUUGAACAAGUCUGAACCUUGGGAAUUGCCAUGGAAAGCGAAAUUGGGGGAGAAAGAGUGGUACUUUUUCUGUGCGAGGGACAAAAAAUACCCAACUGGUAUGAGAACAAAUAGAGCCACUGAAGCUGGUUAUUGGAAAGCUACAGGAAAAGACAAGGAGAUUUACAAAGGAAAAUCACUUGUUGGGAUGAAGAAAACCCUAGUUUUCUAUAUGGGUAGAGCUCCUAAAGGAGACAAAACCAAUUGGGUUAUGCAUGAAUACAGAUUAGAAGGCAAAUACUCAGUUUACAAUCUCCCCCAAACUGCCAAGAAUGAGUGGGUGAUUUGUAGGGUGUUUCAAAAGAUUUCUGGUGGUAAGAAAACUAAUACUUCAGGAUCGAUGAAUUUAGGGUAUUUUGGGAGUGAAUUGAGUAUUCCUUGUGGUCUACCACCAUUAAUGGAUUCUUCUUCUUCACCUUCCAGUGGUGGAAAGACCAAACCCGAAGCCAAUUCAGCUUACGUGCCCUGCUUCUCCAACAACAACAACAACCAAAUUAGUAGUGUUCAAAGAAACCAAGAAUUCCCAACUCACUAUUUCAACAACUCUCACAUUUUCCCUAGAGAAAUCCCUUUCUCUAAUUCACUCUAUCCCACUCAAUCCGUCCCGCUUUUGGCAAAUUUGGGAUACCCACCAGGUUCAAUUUUGAUGCAAGAUCAGUCAAUUUUGAGGGCACUAAUUGAGAACCAAGGGUCCAAUAAUCUCUUGAUGGAGAGUUUCAAAACAGAGGAUAUGGUCAGUUUGUCACAAGACACAGGUCUCACUAGUGAAUUGAACAAUGAAAGCUCGUCAGUUAUGUCAAAUCUUGAGAUGGGUAAGAGGUAUCAAGAGGCACCACCACCACCACCACCACCUUCUGCCUCAGCUGGGCUUGUGGACCUUGAUUGUUUGUGGAAUUAUUGAAACAAUACAAAGUGUUGCAGCAUUAGAAGAAGAUGAUGAUUAUCUUGAAUUCUUGAUGUGGGUCUUUGUUGUUUAGAUUCUCUAAAUCUAUUGGGUUUCAUUGAAUGAAAUUGAAGCAUAUUGAUAUAUGUCUAUGUUAUGAAAAAAAAAAGUAUAUAUGUUAUGUAUUGUAUAAGAAAUUUAUGUAAAGCCAGCAAGUAGUGGUUUGUUAAUUGUAUUUGCUUACAUCAAACAAAGUAUUGUGAUCCAAUUAUUUAUUUUUUAUUAUUUGAUUGGAUUUUGAAUAUCAAAUUAUGAGAACACUUGAAUA